AUGAAACCGAAUGACAAAAAAUAUUUUCUAAAGUUUGUAUCGUCUGUAAAGUUUCCCGAUGGGUAUGCUCAUAAUAUCACAUGUUGCGUAAAUGUUGACGGGGGUAAAUUUGCUGGACUAAAGAGCCAUGACUGCCAUGUAUUUAUGCAACGCCUACUUCCUGUGGGUAUUCGACAUCUAUUGCCGGAAGAUGUAGUCAAACCAAUCACGUUGUUGUCCAGAUUUUUUUCCCAACUGACUGUAAAAACGUUGCGAAAGCCAGACAUUCAUCGGUUGCACCAUGACAUUGUCCAAGUCCUAUGCAAGUUUGAAAUGAUAUUCCCUCCAGCGUUCCUCAUAAGUAUGAUCCACGUGAUGGUUCACUUGCAAAAAAAGGCAUUGCUUGCUGGUCCUGUCAACUAUCGUUGGAUGUAUCCAAUAGCAAGGUGA